GAACUACCUGCUCUUAGUAGUGCUUUGCGUAACCGUUGUCCACUGAAAAUGGCAAAUUAUACAUAGUCAAUGAAUCAUUGUUCUUAGUAACUAGUGUUUUGCGUAACCGUACUUAACACAUUAUUUGCAUAUAGUCAAUUUAGUCUUUUCAUUGGCUCAUUGUCUUUCCUCAGUCAGAUGGAAUACAUUGAAAUGUGUAUCACUUUAAAAGAUUUACGAUUGGACGUUGGGUUAAAUCAGAUACGUGGCAUCAGAAUUUGGGAAUGGGAUAGCCUACAUAAUUCAAUAGUUUGCCAGUUUGAUAGGCUUAUACGUAUCACAUUUUUGUGUAUGAGCGUUGAUUUUCAGCGAAAGUAGACUUCUCAAUGGUCGAAACAUUGAAUAUUUUACUUGUCAGCGUCAAAUUAGUCAUCAGUGGAUAAAGAGAUUAAGACUGGCGAAAACACUUAAUGUAAAAUCUUAAAAAUUACCAAUGUCUCCAUUAAUUACGUAUGUUGCAAAUACUAUGCGCAUUCUAGCGUAUUCCUUUGGACCGUCUUUCCUUGGUAUCAAUAGUAGCAAAUGGGAUUAGACAGAUCAGUUGCACAUGAGCGCUGUAAACCACUCCCGAUGAGAAUCUUGUGUUCUUAAGCACUUCUACAGGUUGGCUGCUUGAUUGGAAUCAGGUUUCGGCCAGGUUGAGGUUUAUCCGUGCCUAGAAGGCAUCCUUUUUGGGACAGUUUCAUGUUUUGACGUUUGAGAGAUUAAAAUGGCUAUUCUGUCAACAGAGAUUUCCUUCAUGGCUAAUAUUUUUAAGACGAUCUUCGACUCCCAAAACAAUGUGUUGUUCGGCUUAUUUUCCUCUUAGAACAAGGAGUUCUUAAUGAUGUCAUGAGUCCUGAUUCCCUUAAAGGAUUUCAAGUAAUCUCCGUGUGAAAUUACUUUACCUAAAAAGUAAAGAUGAUAUAAACCAAUUUAGGCUGUGGCAUCUAUAAUUUGUUAUUAUUUUAGCCUAUUAUUAUUAUUAUUAGUAGUAGUAGUAAUAGUAGUAAUAUUACUGUCAAUAGUGUAAAGAAGGUAGGCUAAUACCAACCAUUCUGCACAAAGUGGUACAUCUUUCAAUUAUGUAAUUGUUUAGGGAAUUAUCUGCAAUGACUUAAACUCAGUGGUUUUUUUGGGCGUCCAUGCCUCACUUUCAAGCGCUAAACUGCUUAGCCUCCGACCUAUCUGUUUUGUCUAUUUACAUAUAGCAAUUUUCUCCAGGGGACAUUUUCAUUAACACUUUACAGUCAUUAUUAUUCCUUCGUCAAAUGAUCGUACGAUCUGAAUUGUUAGACAAAGGAUCUGUUGAUCAACUGCAGAAGGCUGAGGAAUCAAUUCUGCUCUGCUUCCUGUCCCACACAAGCCUCACACACAUUCAGCUGCAUUCAUUGUACCCUGCCAUUACGACUUUGGUUUUGAAUCAAACGUUUCUAUCAAAUCUCGAUUUGCAUGACUCGUUCCUAGAGAUUAGGGAUUGGACAUCCAUUCCGCAAGCCUACCAAUACUUCAUGUAACAAUGGCUGUGUUCUGGAAAAUAAGUCAGAAGUGUUGAAAUUCUCAGCUGCUUGUGAGCAAUCAAAGGGAGGUUUGUGUGAGGGCUGUACCAGCGCUCGGAAGGCCCGUCACUUUGACAUGCAACGCAGACAUGGGCUCUCCUGGGAAACGAACAGCAGUAACUUUGGGCUAUCUCACAACAUCUCACAACAUUUGCUCUAUCUUUGAUCUUGGGUUCUUGGGGAAAUGUAGCGGACCCUCUAUCGAGCUUUCAAAUAACUAACGUUGAUUUCUCUCUGUCUUUCUCUCCGUGUUUCCAACCUCCCCUCUCCUUCCGCACAACCAUCGCUCCAUAAGUCACCUUGCUACCCACCUGUAAAGCUUGCAACAAAGACCCGCACCUUCAGGGCUUUUUUUCAUUCCAAUCGUCUGGCUACAUCGUCUUCCACCUUUCCACGCCCCCGUGCCGAAGUAUUUGGCUGAACCGCACUCUCUUUCCGCAAGAGCACUCUUUUUUUCUCUCUUUCUGCACCAAUCACUCCCCCCCACCCCCUCCUCGACCAUGGGCGGCAAGAUAGACAUGCAUUACAUCGUGUUCUCGCCUGUGUACCUGUUGAUGUGGCUGUACACGCUGAUCACCUUUGUCCCGUGGUAUUUGCUCACUGACCCGGGGAAGAAGAAAACCAUGGCCAAAAGAGUCAAAGCCAAGUCGACCACCGGCCAACCCGAGGGGCCCUAUCGCUCCGUGGACCACUUUGACUCUCUGGCCCGGGAGGACUUUGACGGCAAAGACACCCUGGACAAGCUGUUCAAGCACGCCGUGCAGCGAUUCGGCAAAGCCGACUGCCUCGGCACCAGGGAGGUGUUGAGCGAGGAGAACGAGACGCAACCCAACGGGAAGGUCUUCAAAAAGCUGAUCCUGGGGAAGUACAGGUGGCAGUCCUACGACGAGGUGGACCAGGUCAUCGACCACCUGGGGAGCGGCCUGGCGGCGCUGGGCCAGCAGCCCCGGGCCACCAUCGCCCUCUUCUGCGAGACGCGGGCCGAGUGGAUGGUCACGGCACAGGCCUGCUUCCGACGCAACUUUCCCUUGGUGACGCUAUAUGCUACGCUGGGGGAGGAAGCGGUGGCCUAUGGACUGAAGGAUUGUGGAGCCACUCACCUCAUCACUAGCGCUGAGCUUCUGGAGACCAAACUCAAACAUGCGCUGGGAGAGAUGCCAAACUUGAAACACAUCAUUUACGUGGACAACAAGACCAUCAGCAAGACGGGUUACCCAGACAACGUCCACAUCCACAGCAUGCAGGCUGUACAAGAGCUGGGAGCCAAGUCGGAGAACUGUGAGUGGGGGGGGAACGCACCCAACAACAAACACCAAAAAGACACAAUGUCAAGUUAACACUCGAGUGCAUCGAUGUCAUACUUAUGUCCCUAAGAGCAUGACACAGAUAAAACACCGGAUUAUAGGAGCACAGUCAUACAU